AUGUCUUCAGGAGAUAGAGAGUACGAAUUGGUCAUCUUUGGAGCCACAGGAUACACAGGAAAACUUACAGCGGAACAUGUUGCCACACAUUUACCUACAGAUCUCCGUUGGGCUUUAGCAGGACGCUCUGCCAGCAAAUUGGAGGCUGUUGCCGCCGAAUGCAAGUCUCUAAAUCCGGAUAGAGUCCAGCCAGCUAUUGAAAUCUGUAACUUAGAUGACGCAGAGCUGAGUGCAUUGGCUAAGAAGACAAAGGUCAUCUUAGCAACAGUUGGCCCUUAUGCUCUUCACGGCGAACAUUGCUUCAAAGCAUGUGCCGAAAAUGGUACACAUUAUUUCGAUGUCACAGCAGAAGUGCCAUGGGUGGCUAAGAUGAUCAAAAAAUAUGAAGGCGCCGCUAAAGCUAGUGGUGCUGUUCUCAUUCCUCAAUGUGGUAUUGAAUCUGGUCUACCUGAUUUGAUUACUCGAUGUGCUGUUGAUGCUGUCCGGGAAAAGCUAUCUGCACCAACUGGUGAAGUCAUCGUAUCUUUACACGAGAUGAAAGCCAAACCUUCCGGUGGAACCUUAGAAACAGUUUUCACACUCUUGGAAGUAUUCAACCUUAAGCAACUCAAAGAUGCAUUUACUCCAUACGCCCUAUCUCCAAUACCUGGACCGAAAGUUCGCCCAUCUACAUCUCUCAUCACCAAACUUACCGGAAUUAAAGUCGUACCGGAUUUAGGAAUUCUUACCACUUCUCUUGCAGGGUCAACCGAUCUAGCCAUCAUUCAUCGAAGUUGGGGGUUAUCUAGCGAGCAGCAAUUCUAUGGUCCUAAUUUCAAGGUCGAGGAAUACAUGAAAGCAAGGAACUAUCUCACUGGCAUAGCAAUCCAUUUUGGUCUCCUUCUUGGUGGUCUUUUCUUGGCAAUCCCAUUUUUCAGGCAUACGGCCAGGAAAUAUGUUUAUCAACCAGGCGAUGGAGCCACGAAAGAGGAAACCAAGUCUGAUCGAGUCGAGUUUCGAGCUAUUGCUAAACCGGACAAUGAUCAAGCAAAUCCUCCAAGAAUCUUUUGUCGGGAAUAUUAUGAAGGAUCAAUCUAUGGAUUGACUGGUAUAUUGAUUGCCCAGGGCGCAAUUACAUUACUUCGAGAUGACCACAAAUUGACAGGUGGUAUCUAUACUCCAUCUAUGUUGGGCGAGAAAUACAUCAAUCGCCUUCAAUCCGCCAAUGUCAAAUUUGAGACGAAGGUAUUUGAGAAUUGA